AUUUUCUUACAGGUGUCUGUUUUUUGUUGUACUUACAGUGUGUUUUUAGGUGUGUGAGCUGCGAUGGCGCUGUGCUCUGAGGCCGGUGGUUCGAGCUCAGCCGGAGAAUCGUCUGGAAGUGAGACUGGGUCGAGCUGCCUUCAGUUUGGGGUUCGUUCAUAUCUCCACCAUUUCUACGACGAGUGCUCCUCUUCCAUGCGGGAACCAGACACGGAGGAGUUUCUUCAGAGUCAGAGGUCAACGCCCCGGUGGAACACCACAGUUUGGAAGGCAUCCUUGGUGUUGGGUCUUGUGGUCCUGAUGGCAGGUGUCACCAGCCUGUCCAUUGGUUACUCCACUCCCUAUAAGAUCGAAUCGUUUGGAGAAGGAGAUCUGUUCUUUGUAGAUUCUCAGGCCAUCACCUUCAACAGGGGUCUGUGUGUCAGCACCGCUGCUGGGAUCGGGCUCUCCUGCCUCGGCUUGGUCCUGGCAGUGAUGGGGAUUGUCGUUUGGAUGCUACCCAGGUCCAACCUGAAAGGGGGAGUGGGGUGGGGUGGGGGGGUUUAGAAGGGAAUCAGGUAGCUGGGUUCAAGGUGCAGAGGAUAUAACGUCACAAAGACUCCAAAGUUAGAUGAAAAUGUUGCACCGUCCCGAGUGGAGAGCAUCCAGCUCGUUUAUGAACUUUAUUAUAUCGUACAAGACCAGUGAAAUGUCCAUCGAAAAACCAGUCAAAUGAGACAUAUUUAGUCAUUUCUGUUAGAACGUUUUAUAAGACAGAGACGGGCUACUUCAACCAAGUACAUUCUGGUUUGAUAUACAGUACUGUGCAAAAAAUAUUCAGCUAAGCAAAAGUUG